CAAAAUAAUAUCAAUCUUCCAAUUAAUAAAAUCUCUAAAAAUGUCUCCACCACAAUCUCCAAAUUCAUCUAGAGAUCAAGUUCGUCCGUUAGCACCUUCAUCUCAUCGUAUACAUGUCGAAAACGAAGAAGGCGUUAAUAAUUAUACAUCUGUGUCCAGUACAGAGUUAGCAAAGAAAAAACGACGUCGUAAGAGGUGUAUCAAAUUUUGUGGUUGUUGUGGAGUCACAACGAUAAUUAUAGGUAUCGUUAUUUUGAUCCUUGCGCUCACUGUUUUCAAGGUGAAAGAUCCGACGAUAAGAAUCAAUUCGAUCCGAUUUGAGGGGUUGAGUGCCCUUACUAGUAAUUCCAAUCUUCAAACCAACAUGAAUAUUACGGUCUCUGCUGAUAUUUCUAUUAAAAAUCCUAACGCGGUCUCGUUCAAGUUUAAGGCUGCAACCGCUAGUUUGAUUUAUAGCGAUAGAUUCAUCGCAGAAGCCCAAUUGCCGCGAGGGUCUGCUAGGGCUCGACGGACGUUCCGGAUGAACGUGAACAUUAUGGUUAUGGUUGAAAAAUUAGUCGGAAUUCCAAGACUCACGAGUGAUUUGAUAGCGGGGGAAUUGCCGGUAAGUAUGUUGACAAAUAUUAAUGGAAAGGUCAAUUUAGGUGUGAUUAAGAAGAGUGUUGGUAUAAGAAUGAAUUGUAAUAUGGCGGUAGAUUUACAACGACAAGAUGUUAAGAAUAUUGAUUGCGAGAGGAAAGUUUCUCUAUAGGUACUUACAAUCAGUGGUGGAUCCAGAAUUUUCAAUAAGAGAUUUAAAAUCUGAAAAAGUAAAUACAUGAAUAUAAAUAGUAUAAUUUUUCGCCCCUAGCCACCAUGUCGCUCCAUCCUUGACUGCAAUUCGAACGUGUGACACUAUAGUUUGAAUUGUGAUUUUUUGACUAUUAUAUAUGGAUGGGAUAUUUGAAUUUAGUUAAUAGUGAGUAUUAUAUGGUAUGUGGUAUACUUAGUUGAGAUUAUGAUAUUUAGUUGAGAUUAUGAUAGGAGUGAUAUAUGUAAGUACUUUAUUUUUUUUAUGCUA